AUGGAGGACAUGACAUCAGGAAACAACUGCACAGUGUCUGAAUUCUUCUUGGCUGGGCUCUCAGAGGAGCCAGAACUCCAGCUGCCACUCUUCCUGCUCUUCACAGGAAUAUAUCUAAUCACUGUGGUAGGGAACCUGGGCAUGAUCACACUGAUUGGGAUCAGUUCCCACCUGCACACAGCCAUGUACUUUUUCCUCAGCAGUCUCUCCUUCAUUGACUUCUGUCAGUCCACAGUUGUUACCCCUAAAAUGCUGGUGAGCUUUCUGACGGAGAAGAACAUCAUCUCCUACCUUGGAUGCAUGGCUCAGCUCUACUUCUUCAUCAUUUUUGGGGCUGCAGAGUGCUACACAUUAGCUGCAAUGGCAUAUGACCGCUAUGUUGCCAUCUGUAACCCUUUACUUUACACUGUAGUCAUGUCCUAUCAGGUUUACAGUUCCUUGAUUUCAGGAGUGUAUAUUUAUGCUGUGUUCUGUGCAUCAGUUCACACAGGGGUCCUGACAAGGAUUCAGUUUUGCAAAUUAGAUGUGAUCAACCACUAUUUCUGUGAUAUUCUUCCCCUCUUGAAGCUUGCAUGCUCUAAUACCUAUAUCGAUGAAAUGUUGAUUUUAUUUUUUGGUACACUGAAUAUCUUUGCUCCAACAUUGAUCAUUAUUACUUCCUACAUCUUCAUUAUUGCAAGCAUCUUCCACAUUCGCUCCAGGGAGGGCAGGUCCAAAGCCUUCAGCACCUGCAGUUCACACAUCUCUGCUGUUGCCAUUUUCUAUGGUUCUGCUGCAUUCAUGUACUUACAACCAUCACGAGUGAAUUCGAUGGACCAAGGGAAAGUGUCCUCUGUGUUUUACACUACUGUUGUACCCAUGCUGAACCCCUUGAUCUACAGCCUAAGGAAUAAGGAUGUUACAGUUGCACUGAAGAAAAUACUUGAAAGAAAGAAUUUCAUGUGGUCAGAAGUCACAUAA